UCUCAGUAGGCAGGUCCCACCGGAGGAGGAUACCACUGCACUUUUUUUUUGUAAAGAUGUCUUUUUCUUGCAAUCAUUCCCUGGACGGCAGCUUUCGUCCUUCCCCAACGGAGAACAGGGGUUCAAAGCGGCUGUCCUGGGGCAGCCUGCUGCAGAGGCUGACUGAGCUGAAGGGGAUCAGUCACAGGGUCCCAGCAGAUCAUGGCAGCAGGAAUGUAACUGGUUCUGUGGCAGACUUGUCCCUGUCAGAAUCGGAAAGCAGUUUCUUCUGUUACCCCCUGGAGGAGACACUGGCUACUGAGGUUGUAGCAACAAUAGCACAAAGUCUCAACAAAGCCUCACACAUCCUGGGCUACUCCAAACUGAUCCUUCCAAACUGUCUACUGCUCAAUAUCAGCCAAGAGCUGCUGCACCUGGCUGUGAACGAACCCUGCGGGCUCAGGGGAGCGCUCAUCGACCUGUGUGUGGACAGGGGGGACCCGGGCACAAUAUGCACCUUGGACCAAAUAGCAGUGGAUGCCACCCUGGUUUCAACCUUCCAAGUGACCCUUGUCCUGAGGCUGGAGUCCAGUGGAUUGUGGCCGAAGGUUCAGAAGCUCUUCAAGGGAAACAGGUCACUACAGACAUCUGGAAGGCACCAACGCUCUCUGAGGCUUAGUUCGAGUUUUAAGGCGAUAAAGAGGAAAUUGUAUUGUUCAGGGGAGCUGCUGAUUGAAGAGUGCUGCUGACUCAGCUGAAUUGAAUUCAUGUGUACUGCGAAAGGAUAUUGGGUUAACCAUUGCCUUUCUUAAAGGCAUUAUCCUAUGGCUCUAACAAGGACUGUACUCGAUUAGCAUCAAACUGUCUUUGUAUGUGUGUAUCAAACUUUCCCAGGACCCAACUUAUGUCUCAUGGCAGCUAUACUCACCUGAUUGCAGGUGACUCAACAGUGAAGACUCAUGUUCGAACAUGGAUCAACUACUUUCCUAUGAUUGUAAAGUCACAGUCGGGAGGGAAUGACCUAUGUAUUUGAUAGUCAAAUAUUACCUGAAAUGUGCAUUUGUUUUUAUAACAACUUAAGAACAUACAAAAUAAAUGAUUUUCUAUGAUA